AUGGUCCCAGAGCCCUACGUACGAGCACAACGUCCAGACCAGCGCGUGCGCGCUGUUUCCGUGCUUGCCGACAGUGAGGCACUGACAGACACCUUGGAAAAGAAGGGUGUGUGGUUCAGACCAGCGCAGAAGAAGAAGGAGCUGUUCCGAAAAAUGACGGACGACGAGCUGCGAGAACGUCUGCGUGACAUCGCGGAGCUCGUAUCCGGAUCACGGAGAGAGCUGCUGGAGCGACUUCACGGCAAGAAAGCGGAUGUAAUCACCACUUGGUCCAAAGACAGGGUGGAGACCGAGUGCCAGCGCUUAGGACUACAAGUCCUGGAAAAGAAGCAAGACAACGUCAAGAACAUCAGAAGUGCUCUGAAGCUGAACCGAAUUUCCAAGCUUAGCGAUGAGGAUUUGAUCUACGAGCUGGCUUAUCGCGGACUAGAAGCGGAGGACAGCCGAGAGGACAGCGAGAAGAAGCUGCAAGCUUAUUUGGAUGGCCGCCUCUUCGACUAG